AUGCAUCGCAAGACUCGCAGUGAAACCUCGGGCACCCCUGGGAGUCUGGAGUGCGGUCUCCUGCUUCAGGGCGGCUGCAUCAUGGAGGACGGGCCCAGCAUGACAAGCAUUCCGCCAUUUGUGCGCACCGUGACAACGGCUUGUUGCGGCAUGGACACUGACAUUCCGACAUCCGUGGACUGUACGCGCGGGCCUGACCUCCGAAGCCGGCUGUCCGACGGUCUGGGUAUUGGUCCGGCUUAUUUCGGCAAGGCGCCGCCGAGAUCAACCUGGCAAAACACUGGAACGAUUUCUGGCCACUCCCUCGCAACCCUACCAACGCAAACUCCCACGGCCAGCGGGCCCCCCCAUAAUUCAACCCCCUCCGCCGUGAUAGCCAGCUGGUCACCCACUUCCAUCGACCACCUCGCCAACACCUCCGGCUGGUCGCCCUUCACCACCCCGGGCGGCAUUCUUGCCGACGCUGGACGCGCCAUCGCCGCCACAGGUCCUAGCACCGUCUCCACCUCCGCCACCGCCGCCGUCACAGCUGACCCACUCCCCGACCGCCACAGCGGUCAGGCCUCCUUCUUUUGCAGUGGCCGCCCAGUGACCGCCCUCCGCGCCCAGAGCCAAAGCUAUGGUGGAGACGUUCCCCUGGUUCCCGACGACAUCACCGCUCCUGGGCCGUCGUCAGCACCACCGCCGGUCGGGCCCCGGGGCAACCAGGGCCUGACGAGCGACAACGUGGAACUUGGAGCUCACAACGAAACCGCACAGCCGCUCCAGCCGCCGCCGCCGCUGCCGCCGCCGCCAGCGCGAGGAGCUUCUGCACGCCGGCGGCACCAGCGGCAUUACUCCAUGGACUGUACGGCAGCGACCACCGCAACCUCCGCGGGCUCCUUGGGUUUGCCAGGAUCCGAUCUGGGCGCCGUCGUCUUGCUGAAGCGCCCCUCGGACCAUCCCGACCGGGCAUCUGAAGGCGGCGGCAGGACGGCGUCGCGUAGCCGCGCCGGCAGCCAUGGCGCGGAGUACUCGGUCGUCUCUGCGGCGGUUGCGGUAGACGACGGCCGCAGCUUUGCAGCUGCGCAGUCGGAAAGUCUGCGGCAGCAGCAGCUGCUGCAGUUGGAUUCGGAGCCGCGAGUACCUGAGCAGGGCCCGCGGGAUCAGCCGCCAGGACCGGGGGCGGGGGCUGCGGUCGCGUGUGCGGGGUCUGGGUCUUCUAAGGCGCGAGAGAGGCAACGCGGCAGCAACGGCAGGUCGACUCGUGAGCUGGCGCUGUUGGACCCCAAAAAGGCGCAACGCGUACUGGCUAAUCGGCUGAGCGCGGCCAAGUCCAAGGAGCGCAAACAGCAGUACGCCGAACAGCUGCGACAGACUCUGAGCGAUAGCGCAGCGGAACAGGAAGCCCUUAUACGGCAACUGGAGCGGCUGCAAGCCGAUGGUACGACGCUGGAGAGCUUUCUCCGUGAGGCACGCCGCGAGGCGCAGCAGCUUGAGGAGCAGCUGGCGGCUGUGCGGCAGCAGAACGAGGCGCUGCGGCAGCAGCUCCUCGCUACCGCGGCGACGGAGAGGGGUCAUCAUGUGGCGGCGGAGGCCGAGGCGGCGGAGGCAGACCUGCCGAGGGAGUUGAUUGCGCUGCUGCAGGAGCCGCUUCUUCCGGAGGAUGAGGCGGUACUGGAAGUGGCUGGCAGGGCACCGGGAUUGCUACAACUAGAGUUGCAGCAGCAGCCACAGCCGCAGCAUUUGUUGCGUCCAGGAGCACCGGCGGCGGCCCCAACCAGCGGCAGCGGCGGCGGGCCAACUUGCACCCCCUCGAUGAUGAUCCCGUGUAUGGCCGCGUUGGGCGUGGCGGGAGGCGGCAUUGACGGAGGUGCGCCGCAGCAGUUCCCCGGGGACGGUUCCGCCGCUGGUGCCGCUACCGCCACCGCCACGGCGGCAGUGGCGGCGGUGCCGCGGUCCUACAGCGGCGGCGGUCUGGGGGUGGGCUUUGGUGACGACCUCGGGCUGCAGGUCGCAGAGCCGGGCCUCCUGGGUCUGGGCCCCAUGGUGGGGCCAGGCGGCGGCGGCGGCGAAAAUUGCACUUACAGUCUCAGCAUGCCGGAACCAAUGGAUGUCGCAUUGCACCGAGCUGAAGCGGAGGCGCUGGCGGAGGCGGAGGCGACGGCAGAGGCAGCGGAGGCCAAGGCGGCCAAGGGGGCAGUUGCAUGCCACCUGGGUUCUGAUCUGGCUACCGCCGGGGACCUGUCUUGCAUGACGGCGGAUAGCACCGGCACCGGCGCUGCUGCCACCGGUGGAUGCGAUGUGGAUGUGGAAAUGGUGAUGAUGGGACAGAGUCUGGAGAAGGGCGUUGUGGGGCUGGCCAUAGCGCCUGCGGGCGGCGAGGUCGAGGGGCUUAUGUCCGUACGCGCCAACGGCGGCCGUGAUGGUGACAUGCCGGGCUUCCUGGCGCUUGGCGAAAGCCGAGUUCUCAGCACUGGCGGUGGAGCGCUACUGCCGGGCUAUGGCCAUGGCCAUGGCGGCAGUGAAGGAGGCGGCGGGCUGUUGACGGGGCCCGCCCUGCCGCAGGGACAGCUGCCAUUUCUCAGCCGCCAGAUCACCACUGCGCUACGGCCAACUGCACCUCCAGACGCACAUCGUCAGUAA